UUUGAGAAAGAAAGAAAGAAAGAAAGAAAGAAAGAUGGUAAAUGGUGUUGAAGAUUACCCGAAAAAGCAUGUCCAUCAACAGCAGCUCCACACCAGGUACAAGCUCAAGAUGUUUGUGCUUGUAAUACUAACCAACCUUCUCACUAUGUACAUCUUCACCAGCCCUUCUUUUAACUGGAAACCAUUUCCAUUGGGCUCAAAGAAUCACAUCUCUCUCCCUCUUGGGGACCCCACUACUCUAUUGGAUGAGCUUAGCGCUACUAAAGAGCAACUUGCCAUCAGUCAUUCUCUAAUUGCUGAGUUCCACAAAAAGCUCAACUCUACCAACUUGUUUGUUGAAGCUCUUCUUACAGAGCUACGCAGCAGACAUGAUGAGGGAUUGACUGAGAAAGAGAAAGGUAGCGAUCCCAUGAAACUAUUGAAUGUUGCUAUGUCUGAUGAAGUUAUGCUAGUGGUAGGCCCUCACAAACUCCCACUAGGGUACUCACCAAGGAUGGGAUCCGACGAGGUUUAUCCGCCAGUAGGUGGAGCGUGCUUAAGGUAUCAAAAGGAAUUAGCACAGUACAUGACCUAUGAAGUUGGAGGGGAAUGUCCGGUGGAUGAUGUGUUUGCUCAGAGGUUGAUGCUUAAGGGGUGUGAGCCUCUCCCUCGCCGUAGAUGCCAUCCUAAGUCCCCUGCCAACUAUGUGGAGCCAACACCAUUUCCAAAGAGUCUUUGGACCACACCACCAGACACCAGCAUUAUUUGGGAUCCAUAUACUUGCAAAAGCUACAAGUGCCUCAUUGAACGCAGAAAGGCACCUGGCUACUUCGACUGCAAGGACUGCUUCGACUUGGAGGGCAGGGAGAAGAGUAGAUGGCUUCUCGACAAUGGGGGGCUUGAUUAUGGCAUCGAUGAAGUCCUCAAAACAAGGCCUCAGGGGACUAUCCGCAUUGGAUUUGACAUAGGAGGCGGGAGUGGCACAUUUGCGGCAAGAAUGAAGGAAAGAAAUGUAACCAUCAUCACCAGCUCCAUGAAUUUGGACGGUCCAUUCAACAGCUUUAUUGCGUCGAGGGGGUUGAUCUCUAUCCAUGUUAGUGUUUCUCAGAGGCUUCCGUUCUUUGACAACACUCUAGACAUAGUUCAUUCGAUGCAUGUUCUGAGCAACUGGAUUCCAGAUGCGAUGUUGGAAUUCACACUCUAUGAUAUAUACAGAGUGUUGAGGCCAGGGGGACUCUUCUGGCUUGAUCGCUUCUUCUGCCUGGGAUCACAGCUGAAUCAAACAUACGUUCCAAUGUUGGAUCGUGUUGGAUUCAGGAACCUAAGGUGGAACGCUGGCAUGAAGCUUGAUCGAGGGAUUGACAAAAACGAGUGGUAUUUCUCUGCCCUGUUGGAGAAACCAAUGACCUGAGCAACAAUUUUUAACACCAUCAAAUCAAUGCAAUGCACAUGCAUGCAGUUUAGGAAGUAUUUAGUUUACAAAUUUUAUUUUUUUAUUCAGUUUAUACCUAUGAUUAGUAUAAAUAAGGUUGUCUAAAUGAAAUAUUUUAGAUGUUUCCCCAUAGCUAUGAUAAUCAUGUAAUAAACUCCGUUAUUAAGCGUCAUGAUAAUAAUAAUUAUAAGAUUCACAACUUAAAA